CUUCUCUAAAAACUCGUAACUACUACUCUUUCUGUAUAUAUCCUGGUUUCCACUCUGUCUUUUUCCGCUCACCCCUUUUUUUUCUCUUGUGUUUUUUCAUUUUUUCGAUCAUCAGAGCAGAACCAUGGACGCCACUAUAGCACAAUCUUCUUCCACUUCUGUCUCAGCAAAUACUUCAAAGUCGAAGCUUCGAUAUCCUCUGCGAUCUGCAAGCAAAUCUAAGGAUGAAAAGCCGGCCAUGGCGGAAAUUUCGAGCGCUUCUGUUCCCAAGAGAGGGAGACCUGCAUCCAAUGUGAGCAAAAGUGUGAGUGUUCUUGAUCUUUCUGGGAAGGACAAAUCCACCAAGCCACCUAGAAGGCUCUCCAUUCCUGCCAAGUCGGCUAUCAGUCCUCUUUCAAGACCAGCAGGCAUUAUAACACCAAUAUCUGAGAGCAGACCGAAGAGAUCGGUUAAUGAUCAAGGAAAAAAUGAAACACCAGUUUCUGAGGUUUCCAAAUCUUUGAACCGAAAGAAGUUCAGUGUUUUAUCCUCGGCAUCAUAUUGGUUAUCACAGAUUAAGCUAUCUGAAUCUGCUGCUAAGCAUUCCAUUUCACUUGGCUUCUUCAAGCUUGCUUUAGAAGCUGGGUGUGAGCCUCUACAACGAAUGCGGGAUGAGUUGAAGUCCUAUAAAUCUCGGCACAACCUUGGUGAAAUUGGAGAAUUCGUGAAAGAGCUAUUUCGAAGCUAUGAUAUCCCAGAAGAUUUUGAGCAGUUACAGGUGUCAGGGACCUGUUCUCAGGUGCCCGAAGAGGGGACUCGGUCCUCUGAUGAAGAUGCACGCAGCUCUGUUUCUAGUACUGGAUUUCGGAAAUUAAGACCCAAAUCCUUGAACCCUGGAAUUGUUCAAGCUGCCAAAGUUGAAGAAGCAACAAAGGACAGUACUCUGAAAAGAACCCAUGUUGGCAAGAACAAGGGAUCAUUAAACAGAAAUUCUGUUACAAGCAUAAAUUCUGGAAAUGCACAGAAAAAGAAAUCCCAGAGGCCAAGUAAGCAAGCAUCUACCAAAGAGAAGGAAAAAAUAAAAAACCAAGCAAAGCAGGAUGCUCCUGAAAAAGAUGUAGCUGAUCCACAGCCUGCUGAGGGGGCACUGCAAGAGGACAAAGAAAACAUGGAUGCCCAGCAGCAGAUGGAAGAGAUCAGCUUGACUGAAGAAGUACAUUAAAGGAUCUGGCCCAAGAAAAAGGAAAAGAAAAAGAAAAGAAACUAUGAAAUCAAAUUGAUAUAAAUGUUUGCAUACUCAUUGGCAUUUUUUUCAGUGGGGAUUUGCUUGUAGAGAUAUAAAUAGGAGUUUAAGCUUGGUGUGAUAGUGUCUUUUAUCAUCUUGUGGUCUGUUUUCUUCCCCUAAUUUUCUUCUGUUGCUGGGCAAAAUUGUGUUAUCUGGCUGCUAGUAUUAAAAUGAUGUGAUUGCAGAAUUAUUGGUGUAUUAUAUUCAUGUUAUAAAACUUUGUUACAUUUGUGUUAAAAUAUGAUUCUCCUUUUUUUCUAGUCAA